UUUUAGAGAGAGAAAAUAAACCAGCACUGUCGGCUUCAACCAAGCAAAGUCCAUCCUCCCCAACAUCCCCCUUCUCUCUCUUCUGUCUCUCUGGGGUUCAUUUUAUUUUAUUUUAUUUUAUAGGAAAAAUCAAUAAUACUAUAUUCAAUAAGACACUGAUAAUCCGGAGCUGGAUUUAGCUUGUGAGCUGCUUAUUCAAGUUUAGUGAAGGAGAAGCCCGUGGACCGUGGUCAUGAUUGCAGGAUAAAUAUGGCAACUGCUGAUUUUCAUAGGGUUUCGGUGCGCAUCAAAUUCCGAAAAAGCCGCGUCUGAUUUGACUUGCAGGAAUAUUGAGUUGCCCUGGUGUGAAACAGGCUUAAUAACUGGUUGGAUCUCUUCUAGGAGGGUUUUGCGUUUGUUCUGAGAGUUCCUUCAUGUGCAUGCGACGUCGACAAUAGCAAACUAGAGGAAUCACAGACUUGGAUAUUGGCGUUACAUUGAGUUUUGCGUUUGUUUUAUAAUGGCACACCUUGCCGCGAAUCAGUUAGCUGGAGGGAUCCCACCCACAGGGUCUCCGAAUGAAGCUUUGUAUAAAGAACUUUGGCACGCCUGUGCUGGACCACUUAUCGGCGUUCCUCGUGAAAAUGAUCGAGUUUAUUACUUUCCGCAAGGUCACAUGGAACAGCUCGAAGCAUCUACACAUCAGGGAUUGGAUCAGCAACUUCCUUCGUUCAACUUACCCAGUAAAAUCCUUUGCAAAGUGAUGAAUGUUCAACUUCGGGCUGAACCAGACACAGAUGAGGUGUAUGCUCAAAUAACGCUUCUUCCCGAACACGAUCAAAGUCCAGUCACAAGUCCUGAUCCUCCUCUACCAGAGCCUGAAAAGAGCACUGUUCAUUCAUUUUGUAAGACUCUCACUGCUUCUGAUACCAGUACCCAUGGUGGAUUCUCGGUGUUAAGAAGGCAUGCCGAUGAUUGUCUGCCCCCACUGGAUAUGUCUCAACAACCACCGUGGCAGGAGUUGGUGGCUUCUGAUCUUCAUGGGAAUGAAUGGCAUUUCCGUCACAUAUUCCGAGGUCAACCACGGCGUCACUUAUUGACUACUGGCUGGAGUGUGUUUGUCAGUGCAAAAAAACUGGUUGCUGGAGAUGCUUUUAUCUUCCUAAGAGGGGAAAAUGGGGAUCUCCGAGUAGGUGUACGCAGGCUUAUGAGACAAGCAAACAACAUGCCAUCUUCUGUUAUAUCAAGUCACAGCAUGCAUCUUGGGGUUCUUGCAACUGCCUCACAUGCCAUCUCAACUGGAACCUUAUUUUCAGUCUUUUAUAAACCAAGGACUAGUCGAUCUGAAUUUAUAGUAAGUGUUAACAAGUAUCUGGAAGCUCAAAAUCUCAAGCUGUCAGUAGGGAUGAGAUUUAAGAUGAGAUUUGAAGGUGAAGAGGUAUCUGAAAGAAGGUUCAGUGGGACUAUCGUUGGCGUUGGAAAUAACAAUGCUACUUCUCGAUGGCCAGAUUCUGAGUGGAGAUCUCUGAAGGUCCAAUGGGAUGAACCUUCGGCCAUAGUACGUCCAGAUAGAGUUUCAGCAUGGGAAAUAGAACCCCUAGUUGCAGCAAUUCCUCCAAACCCACAGACUCAACAAAGGAAUAAACGGGCACGACCACUUGUUUUGCCUUCGCCAGCGCAAGAUCCAUCUCCACUGUGUAUCUGGAAGUCACCAGUUGACUCCCCGUCAGCAUUUGCCUGUAGUGAUCCAUCACGUGGUCAAGACACGUUUCAAUUGCCAAAGAUCAGCGAUGGAACCAAAAUUAGUGGAAUCAAUUUUAGUAAGAACUUGGUACCGGUCUCUAGCAAGUCUGUAUACCAGCCUAAUCAAGUAGAAACUGCUGCAGAGUCAUUUACUCCCCCCAGUGAAAAAAGGCAGGCAAAUGGCUGCAGGCUGUUUGGAAUCGAGUUGCUUGACCAUUCUUCUAUUGAAGCUACAUCACCAGCCAUUCAAUCUGAAACAGCUAUUGAGGAUUCUCAUGUUCCUCUGUAUGCUGAUUAUGAUCAACAUUCAGAACCAUCAGACCGUAACCCAUCUCAUGCUCCCUCGGCCAGUUGUGAUCCUGAUAAGUCAUGCCUUAGAUCCCCUCAUGAUGCACACAACAGGCAAAUCCGCAGCUGCACAAAGGUUCACAUGCAAGGAAUUGCUGUUGGCAGAGCAGUGGACCUUACUAGGUUUGAUUGCUAUGAGGAUCUGCUCAAGAAAUUCGAAGAGAUGUUUGAAAUUAUAGGGGAGCUCUCUGGUUCAACCAAGAAAUGGCAAGUUGUCUACACUGAUGAUGAGGAUGACAUGAUGAUGGUUGGAGAUGACCCAUGGCAUGAAUUUUGCACCAUGGUAAAGAAGAUAUAUAUAUACUCAACCGAAGAAGCGAAGAGGCUCUCCCCCAAGAUAAAGCUUCCCCUGGCAGAGGUCAAAUCCGAGAAGCUCCUGUCUGAUGGAGCUGCGGGCACUGAAGAACAGUCUUCAACCGUUGGAUCUGGUUACUGAUGGAGUCUUGCCUACCUUCGAGUUGCAAUAAGGUUGAAAGUUCUCCGGGAAAAAGGUUAAUGACGAUGGAGACAGUACCAACAUUUGACCAGCAAUUUUGUUUCUAAGCUGCCAAGAUGCCACAAAAUACAUAUUGCUUAAUAAAAAUUUUCUGUGGGAGUGUGGUGCCACGACGAUAAGAAUUCUUGAUAGUAUUGUUUGUUUUUAUGAGGAGAAUCUCAUGAUACUUUGGUUGUUUGGAUCUGGGUUAGAUGUCUGUGUGGUCUAAGUUGUUUUUGUGUUAUAGGCAUUUUAUGUAUAUAUAAUACUCUUUACCUUUUGUUUCCCCUUGAUAUCUACUCAUGUGUCUUAUUUUAUUUUUUUUAAAUAAAUUUUCCUUUUUAUUGUUUGUGAUGAA